AUGCUGUUGAGACUGUUGAUGGGUGAUGUUGACAUUAUUGCGAGUACUGACAAAAUUGGUAACGUUUUCGGUGUUAAUGAUGACCAGAAGGAUGGUGAUGGUCGUGUCUACGCUGAUUCGGCGUAUAAGCUGGACGAGAACAACUUCGAGGCGUUACGAUGGGUGGCGAUACUCACUGGCGCUGCAACUGACUUUAUGGGACCGAAAGAACGCGCUGAACAAGGACACAUUUUCAAGGAGUAUUUGGAUAAAGCGAUUAAGAUAAAUCCCAAUGAGUUCACUCUUCUGCAUCUUCGUGGUCGUUUCACAUUUGAAGUAGCCACUCUUUCGUGGAUCGAGAAAAAAGUUUGCAACGCACUCUUUACAACGUUACCCGAUGCUUCGAUUGAUAUGGCUCUGCAAGACUUCAUUGAGGCCGAGCACAAUGUGACGUUUGCAUGGGCCGAAAAUUUGUUAUAUUUGGCGAGAUGUUACGCGAUGAAGAAGGACAAGGACAAUGCACAAAUUUACCUUGAUAAGGUGGAUAAAAUCGAAAAAAAAGAUGACAUGAUUCAUGAACAAAUGUCUGAAAUUAAAACCCUUAUUACGAAAUGCAGAUGA